ACCUUCACACCGCCGGUAGUAAACCUAGCAAGUUUUCCAUUCCACCAAAGUACACAAUUACCAAUUGUUAUCGUAAUGUCGCGUGUGACGAAAAUAAAACACGUCCUUAAAGAGCAGGAAGCAGACGACUUCGAUGUGCCCACAGGAAACCAGCGUAUCGUUCGUAUCUUUGCUAGUCGUGGCAAUAACUUGCACGAGGUUGAACCGGAUCAGGAUGGUGAGGAGAGGUUCCUCGUCUCGAUGCCGGUCAAGUUCCGUAAAAACGUGUGGAUCAAACGGGGAGAUUUCGUGCUAGUCGAACCAAUCGAGGAGGGCAACAAAGUAAAGGCCGAAAUCAGUCGGAUACUGACGCCGGAGCACAUAAAGGUGUUCGAAAAGGAAGGCGUGUGGCCACGCAAGUUCAGCAAGAAGCGUACCCUGGAAGACGAUUUGGACGAAGAUGGGCUGUUUAGGAACACGAACCGAAAAUUUGUUGCCCAAAGCUCCGACGAUGAUGACGACGAUGACGAGGAAGAAGAAGAUGAAGAAACGAGCGGCUCUGAGGACGAUGAAAAUGAUGAUGAAGUUGAUUGUACAGAUGAGGCAUCAAACCGGAAUGUCACAAACAAUGAAAAGAAACCGGCGACGGAAACCUAAAUGACCAAACGUGUGAUCGAUAGAGUAAGAUUUCUUUGAUAAUUUGCGUCAAUGCGUUUAUUUGUUAAACUGUUAAGAUAGAAGUAUCAAAAAAAUGCUAAAGAUACACAUAUCUGUACAUUUGUAGAAUCUUAUGCCUUCAGAUGAACUUCACUGCUGGAAAGAAAUGUCCACUUCCGAUUCAUGGUUUCAUUAGUUGUAAUUUGGCGCACAUGGAAUUAGCGAAAGAGAGCGUUACAUUGAAAGCAUAAUGAUACCGCGCCCUUUCGGGCCGUCAAUCCUACUUUUAACCUGUAGGAAAUGGGUUUCUCUUUAUCGUUAUAAUAUUCGCUUUUACUAUGUACGAGCACAUAAUAAGCUAGAUUUGAUUUUUAAGUAGCUAUUGUGGAUCGUUAGAAUUUGCAUAGUUUUAUAUUUUCUGCGAUUCUAUUGAUGAUCCCUUGUCCUUACGCUGCUCAUGAUAACGUUGCGUUUAUGAGGUGCAAAAGUGCAUAUGGCUUGUGCGUGAGGAACGAACCAAAGAAAAUAAAACUGGCUACCAAAACUGUUUGAUGAAAGUUA